AUGAAUUGGAACUCGUGUAGUUCCUAUAAGACUGUUAAGCCAUGCUUUAAGGCUUGUGUGUUUGCCGUCAGCCUGGGUAUGAGGAAAUUGAUGUCAUGGGUGAAGAAGGAACGAGGAUGCGGAGAACCCUUAGAAUCAUGUGACACGUCUGGUACUGCUCGUGGAUACAUGGAAGAUCAUUCUUUACCUGCACCAGACACUUCUCUUAGCUUGACAGAAUAUGUAUUAGAUUUAGCUAUUGGACAAGAAUUUCCUGAUGUUGAAACUUGCCGAAGAAGAUUGAAGAAUAUUGCCCUAGUACAGCAUUUUGAUCUUCGUAUAGUGAAAUCAGAUCGUAGCCGUUUUAUAGCCAAGUGCUCCAAAGAAGGUUGUCCAUGGCGUGUUCAUGUAGCAAAAUGUCCCGGAGUUCCAACCUUCACAGUAAGAACCCUGCAUGGUGAGCAUACUUGUGAAGGAGUUCUCAACCUUCAUCAUCAGCAAGCAUCAGUAGGUUGGGUUGCUAGGUCUGUAGAAGCACGGGUUCGGGAUAAUCCACGAUAUAAGCCAAAAGAGAUCCUGCAAGAUAUCCGUGAUCAGCAUGGAGUUGCUGUUUCUUACAUGCAAGCUUGGCGUGGUAAGGAGCGUAGCAUGGCAGCACUUCAUGGAACUUUUGAAGAAGGGUAUCGCCUUCUUCCUGCAUACUGUGAGCAAAUAAGGAAAACCAACCCAGGAAGCAUUGCUUCAGUUUUUGCCAUCGGACAAGAAAACUGCUUCCACCGUCUCUUUAUUUCUUACCGUGCAUCAAUUUAUGGUUUUAUACAUGCUUGUAGGCCACUUUUAGAACUUGAUAGAGCACACCUCAAAGGCAAAUACUUGGGUUCCUUACUUUGUGCCGCAGCUGUUGAUGCUGAUGAUGCAUUAUUUCCAUUGGCAAUAGCUAUCGUUGAUGUAGAAAGUGACGAAAAUUGGAUGUGGUUUAUGUCAGAAUUGAGAAAACUACUUGGAGUAAGCACUGACAACAUGCCUAGACUAACAAUACUCUCUGAAAGACAAAGGGGUGUUGUAGAGGCUGUGGAAACUCAUUUUCCAAGUGCCUUCCAUGGUUUUUGUCUGCGUUAUGUCAGUGAAAAUUUUCGUGAUACAUUUAAGAAUGCGAAGUUGGUGAAUAUCUUUUGGAAUGCUGUUUAUGCUCUCACUGCAGUUGAAUUUGACAGCAAGAUUGCAGAGAUGGCAGAGAUCUCGCAAGAUGUGAUACCAUGGUUUCAACAUUUCCCUCCCCAACUUUGGGCUGUCGCAUAUUUUGAAGGAGUGAGAUAUGGCCAUUUUACUCUGGGUGUUACAGAGUUGUUGUAUAAUUGGGCCCUUGAAUGCCAUGAGCUCCCUAUUGUGCAAAUGAUGGAGCACAUUCGUCAUCAGUUAUCAUCUUGGUAUAAUGAUCGUCGGGAUAUGGGAAUGAGGUGGGCAUCAAUAUUAGUACCAUCUGCUGAGAAGCGGGUUUUGGAGGCAAUGGCUGAUGCUCGAUGCUAUCAAGUACUUCGUGCAAAUGAAGUUGAAUUUGAGAUUGUGUCGACUGAGCGGACAAAUAUUGUAGAUAUACAAACUCGUGUGUGCUCAUGUCGCCGUUGGCAUAUAUAUGGUUUACCUUGUGCACAUGCUGCUGCUGCACUUAUGUCUUGUGGACACAAUGUCCAUUUAUUUGCUGAGCCUUGGUUCACUGUAGCAAGUUACCGAGAGUCCUAUUCACAGAUGAUUAAUCCUAUUCCAGAUAAGAGCCUAUGGAAGGAGUCAGGCGAGGGAACAGAGGGUGGAAGUGCCAAUGUUGAUAUCACAAUACGCCCACCCAAGACUCGGCGGCCACCUGGAAGACCCAAAAAGAAGGUCCUUCGUGUAGAGAACUUCAAGCGCCCAAAGAGAGUUGUUCAAUGUGGUCGCUGCCAUAUGUUAGGACAUUCUCAAAAGAAAUGUACCUUGCCAAGUUGA